GCGCCUUUUCUGGGAAAGGAGUCGUCGUCUUCACCAAAUUGCUAUCGUCGCAGCUUCAGUCUCCCGUGUGGAGGAACAGCAUUGAGCCACGUUGGUAAAACAUGGCAACUGAGGUCCACAAUCUUCAAGAACUGCGGAGGAGUGCUUCAUUGGCUACCAAGGUUUUUAUACAGCGAGACUACAGUGAUGGGACCAUCUGUCAGUUCCAGACCAAAUUCCCUCCUGAAUUGGACAGUCGGAUUGAACGGCAACUUUUUGAGGAAACAGUGAAGACCCUGAACAACUUCUAUGCGGAGGCUGAGAAAAUUGGGGGCAGCUCCUACCUGGAGGGAUGUCUGGCCUGUGCCACAGCCUAUUUCAUCUUUCUUUGCAUGGAAACCCACUAUGAGAAGGUUCUGAAGAAGAUCUCCAAGUAUAUCCAGGAGCAGAAUGAGAAAAUCUAUGCCCCACGAGGGCUUCUGCUGACAGACCCAGUGGAGCGGGGCAUGAGAGUUAUUGAGAUUUCUAUCUAUGAGGAUCGUUGCAGCAGUUCCAGCUCAGGCAGCACCAGCAGCACCAGCAGCAGUGCUGGGGGAGGCGGGGGAGCAGGAGGCCGGUGACUGGCACAAAGUCCCGGUAGGGACUUGUACUGCCGGGACGAUGGAGUCUCUGAGAUUCGCAGGCUGCGCUAUCAGAGCACCCGUUUCUGAGCUCCUCCAGGGGGUCAGGAUGCCAGCAAGGAGUAUCACGACACCCCUGGGAUUUACAAUGGCUGGUGAGGGAAGUCAUUCCCAGGGGAUUCCUGACCUUGACUUGAGUGGCUGUUACCCCUGAAGGAGCUCCCUAUGGGCAAGUCCUUGAUAUCCUGAAAUACUGGCACUUCCUGUGAGUUCCUGCAGACAUGAUGGCCCCUGAUUUUCCCAGAUAGAUCAUUACUGAAGUUUUGUCCUCCCAAACCCCACCCAGACUGGCUACAGCUGCUAGCUGAAGGUCAAAUGAUCAGCAAGAUAGCAACCCAGCAGAGUGAGCUGGGAUGGGGUGGGCCGAAGGAACAGGAGUGUUUUUAAACUAUGUUAUAAUCCUUUCAGUGAGUGUUUCUGCCUUGUUCCUUAACAGGCUACCUUAGCUCUUGUCUUUGGGUGCUAUGUAUAUUCCUUUCCUGAACUUCAGGCAUGCUAUAUGCUUUGAAUAUUCAGUGUCCACAAUGCUUCCACUUCAGUUGCCUGCAUCCUCUCCUAUACCUCUAGUGCUGGUACUUCCAAAACAUGUCUCUUCACAGAUGCUAGGAUGGCUUCUGUUCUUGGAAACCAUAGAACAUGCCUUAUGCUCUAUUUCUUUCAGGGCACUAGAAAAGAAUAUAGCGCCACAGAAUGGAGCUGCUACUUGGUCUCUUCCUCUGGGACGGUAGCGUGAAUACUACUGGAGACUAUAACUUCUUCCAAAUUUGGAAGACUGCACCUCAUUGACUCUGGCCAACU